GAAUAUUAAUUUAGACAGUCACAUCAAGACAUUUUCUGUCAUCAGUUCGAUCAUCAUCAUCAUUCGUAAAUUUCAGUAAUAAUUAAAGAUGAACAACGGUGCAUGUCAACGCAAGCCGAGAGGAGCACCAGAAGAUUCUGACCCAGUUACGUUGGAAGACCUGUUAGAAAACUACGGAUUGACUUCUCAGGAUAUCAGGGUUACACCAAAGAAGAAAUGCGCGUUGAAGAAAUUAUUAAAAAGCAUCACACCACCUGUUGAUAAGAAGAGACUCCCAAGAAGUCCAGAAUCACUCAUCACACCACGACAACUAUUUGGACCCGAGUCAUCUGCAUACACACAACCAGGCCCUAUGAUGCCAAAACCGAAUAUGCCUCCAACUCCACCGAUGCGUGACAUGACUCCACCAGAGUACAUUAGUAUGCCCGGCAAUGAUAUGUGCAGCGGCAUGGGCUUUCAGAGUGCUACUGACAUAAUGACUCCACAGUUACAUAAUAUGACAUACAGUGGGAUGACCAGCUUGACGGUGCCACUGACAGACGCUUUGAUUCGGAUGGGUAACACGAGUGGCCCAGGUGACAAGAGCGGUAUGGGAAACAUGACUGGCAUGAGUAAUAUGAGUGGCAUGGGUAAUAUGAGUGGCCCGGGUGAUAUGUGCGAUAUGGGUAACAUGAGUGGCAUGGGAAACAUGACUGGCAUGAGUAAUAUGAGUGGCAUGGGUAAUAUGAGUGGCCCGGGUGACAUGUGCGAUAUGGGUAACAUGAGUGGCAUGGGAAACAUGACUGGCAUGAGUAAUAUGAGUGGCAUGGGUAAUAUGAGUGGCCCGGGUGACAUGUGCGAUAUGGGUAACAUGAGUGGCAUGGGAAACAUGACUGGCAUGGGUAAUAUGAGUGGAAUGGGCACUAUGAGUGGCAUGGGUAACAUGAGUGCCUACAACGUUGGGGACGUCAGUAGUGUACAAAAAUGCUGCCCUUGUCCUAAUUCUCAAAGUUAUCAGGGAUGCAUGUAACAAUCGAAAGGGUUGGAAACUGAAACUGAAGUAUAAAGAGCAUUCAACAUCAUCAACAAAACAAUUUUAGAAUUUGGAAUUUGGAGAGACAGAGACAUUCGAAAAUUAUAAAUUGUAUUUUAUUUUACCAUAAAUAUAUUGAUUUGAACACUUUA